AUGCCGAGUCUCUUUCAUAGAAGCAAACCUGGAGAUGCGACUAGCGAACAUAUCGAAGACAAGGAAUCCCUCGUCGACAAGAAAGAACUUUUAGAUUUCUACAAGCAAGACGACGACGAUUUCCCCCAGGGCGAAGUUUUCUGGGUCUGCAACAACUGUUUGAUAGGCUCCGACCCUCAGGCUCUCAAAGAUUAUUCAUGGGGCCGCUUGAAAUUCAAACUCGGUAAAUAUACAAAGCUAUUCGUGACUGGCCCGGCCCCACGAUGCUCUUGCAGCCUUAUGAUGGAGCCGAGAACCAACAAAGGCCAUGGAUUUUAUCAGUGCAAGCAUAA